CGGUAUUUCAACACAGCAAGUCACCAUACUGAUCGAAACCACCACAGGUUACACACUUUUCUGUGCUCAUUAAAAACCGAGGAAAGCUACUACACACUAUAAACCACACCACAGGACCAGACCCAUAUUCGUCGCGCUGUGAAUUGUGGGAGUACACAGUAGUUUCAAGAUGGCGGCGAGCAGGAGGCUGGCCAAGGAACUUGACGAGAUUCGCAAGGCUGGAAUGAAAAACUUCAGAAACAUUCAAGUUGAGGAAUCAAACCUAUUGUCAUGGCAAGGGCUCAUUGUUCCUGACAACCCUCCUUAUGACAAGGGUGCGUUCAGGAUUGAAAUCAUUUUUCCCACUGAGUACCCUUUCAAACCUCCCAAGAUCACAUUCAAGACAAAGAUCUAUCAUCCCAACAUUGAUGAGAAGGGUCAGGUGUGCUUGCCUGUCAUCAGUGCAGAAAACUGGAAGCCUGCCACCAGAACUGACCAAGUAAUUCAGUCCCUCAUUGCGCUGGUGAACGACCCCCAGCCGGAGCACCCCCUACGGGCAGACCUAGCAGAAGAAUACUCAAAGGACCGUAAAAAAUUCUUGAAGAACGCUGAAGAGUUUACAAAGAAACACGGUGAAAAGCGACCAAUGGACUGAUCACCUGAAGAGCGAGUAGCCCUCUGUGUCUCUCUCUCUCUCUCUCCCCUCUCCCCCUCUUUAUCUCACCUGCCCGACCAAAUACUGAUUCUCCCCGCAACCCCCACCUCCCCCCAAAAUCCCUGUCCUGCUGUCCCCCCUCCCAUCCCCUCUUCUCCUUUGCUCACUGUUAAACCCUCAGUCCCCGUUCCCCCGACCCCCACCCUCACAUGGUCCCCCACCCAGCUGAAGCCAGAACCAGGCAGCAGUUGCGUCACCCCCCCACCCCCCCACCCCCUUUCAACAAAACCAGGACUCAGUGCGGAUCAGACAGCCUCCUCCCCUUCCUGCGCUCAUCCUCCUCCUCCUUUCACCCCCCCAACCCUCCACCCCCUUUACUAACUGUCUCUGCUUUUCAAAAACCCCUAAAGUGAUAAAGUUAAGGGAACACCACGUCCAGGUGACAUGUAAAGGCGGAGGCAGAGAAAUGUUUUCAAUUUACUGUUGGAUUUUUCUCAAUAUAAACAAUACUUGUGUUGAUUAGAUCUCACUUAGACAUCAUUUUUUUUCUGAGCUAUUUUACUUUUCACUGAGCAGGAAAAACUUUCGUUCGCCCCAUUAUCAACACUCUAUGUUAAAAACCCCCACCCCGAUUGAAAGUUGAGGGGCUUUAGCUCAAACCUAGGGCUGUGUUGCUAACUCCAGCGUGUCCACUCCAGGUCGAUUUGCGCUGUGCUCUGUGGAAACGCCGCCUGCCCGUGUACCAUCGUAGUCAAAGUGGAACAGCUGUGGUAUCUUGUAGCUGCAGAUGUGUGACACGUUUCCUUAAAUGAGUUUCACUAUGACUCUGAUCGGCAGCGCCGGUGUCACUUCCAUCCCACCGAGCAGAUGCAAACAGGCAGAACUCACGCAAAUUCCACAGUUAAUUUUUGUAAACGUCGCCGAAGGAUUUGAUUUGUUAACACUCCAAACAGUGAAUUAUGAGCAGGCCCUCAAAGCUGAACCCAACAGCGAUGUUCCACAUUUUUCCCUGACAUAAUCAUAACAGCAUGACAAAUCACUAAAGUGAUUUUUUUUUUUUUUUCCUUAAUAAUUUGUCUUCUCCAUUUUAAGUGAGUUGGAGUGGCAUAAAAAUUGGCUAAACGGCAGAUCCUGUUGGUCUAUCUGAACCUUUAGAUGCAUGUCAGUGGCCUCACAACAGGAACCCCCCCCACACACACACACACACACACCAGUAGAAUUCCAUCUAUCAUAUUAGACAGAACCCCUUACCACACUGAGACAUAGUCUAGUGGCAGAUCACCCAUCAGCUGCUCACCUGAAAGGGACCUAACUUCGCCAGGAGGGGGGAAGGAGAGCGUGUGGAAGGAGAAACGAAGCUGGAAACUAAGCGCAGCUCCUGGAGGCGGUCCUAAGAACCAAGCAUCUUCAGGGCAGCUGGGAGAGGGCUGGCUGUCCCGGAUGUAUCAGGACAUGGAAAAGGACUGGAGUGGCCAAAAAACCACCAUGUUAACAGCUGUUUGAUCUGGUCCCAAUAUUGUUUCAUAAUAAAGAUGGCUAACCAUUUGGCCUCACCGUG